AAGCCUUUUCUCUUGUUGUUGCCAUCCAUUCAAAAAUUCAUUCCAUUCCAUUUGGGUGGGAUAUUUUGCGAUCCAAAGGAAGGCUUUUCCUGUUUAAAUAAAACAUGGCGACUCAACCCGACCACCCAACUCAUCCUUCUCAGCCUGGGCAACCAAGCUAUGGCUGGGCUGUUCCGGAUCAAGAACCACCACCUCCAUAUAAUCCAAAUCCACCGCCUUAUGAACUACCAUCCGCAGCCCCAGAACAACCCCAGAACAACCCCCAAUCCCCCAGAACAACCCCAGAGCAACCAUCCGCAGCCAACAACAUGUACGCAGGUGGCGCAGAUUACGAAUCCGGAGGGCUCAUCGAAGAAGACGCGUUUUCCUUCUCUGAAAAAUCUAUCCGUAUGGCUUUCGUUAGGAAGGUGUACGCGAUUUUAAUGGUGCAACUUGCCAUCACAGUGGGAUUCAUAUCUCUCUUUGUCUACGAACCGAACGUCAAGAUGUACUCCCGUAAACAUCCAGAAAUGUGGUGGAUCGCGUUAGCCAUGACCAUCGUCCUUUUAAUCGUUCUGGCGUGUUGCAGCGAUUUCCGACGACGCUGGCCUUUGAAUAUUAUUUUACUGGGACUUUUCACUCUAUGCAAAGGCUUUAUGCUUGGCGCUGUCUCGUCUCUCUACAGAUCGGAUGAUGUGCUAAUCGCCGCUGGUAUCUGCACGGGGGUUUGUCUUGCGCUCACCAUUUUUGCUAUGCAGACUAAAUGGGACUUCACGGCUUGUGGAGGAAUCCUCUUUGUCUGCCUCAUUGUUUUAUUCAUUUUCGGAAUCGUCGCCAUCUGCAUUCCCGGAAAGGUUAUUCGUCUCGUGUAUGCCUCACUGGGCGCGUUACUUUUCAGCAUUUACCUAGUCUACGACACCCAAUUGAUGCUUGGUGGUAAUCACAAGUACUCAAUCUCCCCCGAAGAGUACAUCUUCGCAGCUCUUAAUCUCUACUUGGACAUUAUCAACAUCUUCUUGUACAUCCUGGCUUUAGUUGGCGGCUCACGUAACUAAAGGAUGUCUAGGAUGCUGGUUUUCUUCACAAUUAUUCAGAAAUCUCCACAGAGUUAAUUUCCUAUUAAUCUAGUUUCUAGUUUUAGUCAUAGUUUUUUGUUUGUCCAUAAUUUUUUUUUUAAACAUUAAACUUAUUUUGUUGAGACCGUAAUCUCCUCGAAAUUGCUGUUAUACUUCUUUAUUUUACAUUUAAAUUGAUGUAACCAUUAUCCACGUCCAUUGCUAUAUUAUCUAUUACUAUAAUUUAUUAAGUUAUCGGACAUACCAAUGGAAAUAUCAACUCUUUAGAAAUACUGAGAUACGGUUGUGUUUCUCCCGCCCCUUUUUUUAAGUUGGAAUUUGGAAAUACAGCCAACUUGCCGUUGACGUUAUUUAAUUUGAAUUCGUUUGGUACGGCCAUUUAAUGUCAAUUAAUGUUCAAGCUUUCAAACAUACGCUUUUAGUUGUGGCUAAAACAUUCAUUCAGUUGUGACCUAACAAAGUGUAUUGAAAUAAACCAAGUUAAAUAAU